UGGGUCUGCCAGCAAAGGGAGAAGAUGGCGGCGCUGGGGGAACCUGUGCGACUGGAGAGGGAUAUUUGUAGAGCAAUUGAAUUGUUGGAAAAACUGCAAAGAAGUGGAGAAGUACCACCACAGAAACUUCAGGCUUUACAAAGAGUCCUUCAAAGUGAAUUCUGCAAUGCUGUAAGAGAGGUAUAUGAACAUGUCUACGAGACUGUGGACAUCAGUAGCAGUCCUGAAGUGAGAGCUAAUGCGACUGCAAAGGCUACUGUUGCUGCAUUUGCUGCCAGCGAGGGACAUUCUCAUCCUCGAGUUGUUGAGCUACCAAAAACAGAAGAAGGCCUUGGAUUCAAUAUUAUGGGAGGCAAAGAGCAAAACUCUCCCAUCUAUAUAUCUCGAAUAAUUCCAGGUGGAAUUGCUGAUAGACAUGGGGGCCUCAAGCGAGGAGAUCAACUCCUUUCUGUUAAUGGAGUGAGCGUUGAAGGAGAACAUCAUGAAAAGGCUGUAGAACUGCUGAAAGCAGCUCAAGGAAAGGUUAAAUUAGUAGUACGGUACACGCCCAAGGUCUUAGAAGAAAUGGAGUCACGCUUUGAAAAAAUGAGAUCAGCAAAACGCAGGCAACAGACCUAAUGCAGUUAAAAACUUUAUAUUCCGUUUUGCUUUUAGCUAGAGAAGUUUUACUUGUGACCUACUGAUGGCUGCAAUGCCAAUGAUUGUAAAAAACUUCCCGUGAAAUCCUCCUUGCCAUUUUAUAAAUGCCUAUUUUAACAUCAUUUAUGGUUCCAGAGAUACAUAGACUUUUUUCUGACAAGAAAAAGUAAAAAGGUGAUGAGGGCACUUCUGUCCUGCUGUUUUUACAGGCCUUUUUCAACAAAUGCAGAUUUUGUCAUAAAAUUGUUAUAGAUUUUUAAAAAUGCUUUUUUAAUAUCAAAAUGUACUUUUACAUUCUUAAUCUUUUUUUUAAGGGAAAAAAGUUUUCUUUAUUUGGCUACUUAUUUAAAAAUAACAGUUCUCCAUUCUUGUUUUUUUUUGCUUUUUUUUUUAAACCUGUAACAUUUCUUUAUGGUUUUCCAAGAAAUUAAACACAGCAGUCUCAGCUAUAGCAGUUCAUUACACUAUCAAUGUUAACAUCAUUACUGUGUUUUGUAUUUGGAACACACACACAAGAUGUAUAAUCAAUGAUAAAUUAUAGCACAGUGGAAGUUUUUUACUUUUAUUUAAACAUAAUAUAUAAUGAGUAUUCAUUUAUACUGAUUUAUAAAAGUUUUUAAAUACUGAUACAAUCAUUGCUAAAAUAUGUAUUCUUUCAUAAUAUUUGAGUGGUGAGGCAAGAGAAUGUAAUUUGAUUGUUCACAUUACUGAUUACAUCUUUCUAUUUAUAAUCAAUAUAUCAAAUUACAAUGCAAAAAGAGGUUAGGUUUCAUCUUUUGCAGAUUUUUUUAAUGCUAUUCAUUUUUAUUUAUAUAUAUUUCUUAUGUUUUCAUCCUUCCAUUCCUAAAGAUGAGCCAGUUAGUUUGUGAUGGGAAAUAGCAAAGAAGAAAAAGUAAUACCUUUAACCUCACUAGGCUCGAGUUACACACUCUUAAGUAGCUCAAUUUAAAGACUUGAUAUUAAAUAGGAAAAAGAUAGAAGGAUAUAUUUAAGAUAUAUAGAAAUUAUGAGGUGAUGCUUUCAUAAGAACCUACAGACGCUUUGUCAGAAUGAGUAAGAACUCAUUCACAUUAGAGGAGUUGGGUUUAUAGAUGUGAUCUUUGUUUAAGAUUCAAAUAUGAUGGGAAUUCUGAGAUACUUUCAUUUGUCCACUGGAUGUCACUGUUUUACUGAAAGGCAGCUAUUAGUGGAUGACUGUGACUGAGAUCUUUUUAAAGGCAGAAAUUAAAGAGUUAAGGUUCGUUUUCAGACAGAACUUAUAGGAACAUUUGUCUGGCUUUUAAAAAGUUUAAGUGACAGGUGCUAGAAGGAAAAUAAUGGAUUGAAAUAUAUAAGGAAUUUACAAUAAUUAUCAACCCUGUGUAAAGAGUGGGCAUUUUGUGACAUUCCUUCAGGAAGAAUAGAAAUGUGUAUCUUUUUCUGCAUGUUUGUGAGCACUGUGAGUCUAAAAAGAUUAUUCCAGUUUCCAGUGAUUUUCAGAAUAAAAGUCAAUCAGCAUUGUUAUUUAUCUUUUAGGUAUUGAACACUGGAUUGCAUGGUUGAGUGUGUCGUUAGUCCACUACAAAAUGUGCUUGUUGAUAGGAUCAUGUUGUUAAAUUGUAUAUUUCCAGUAUUAAUUGAUGUUUUUAAAAUGUUGAGACCAAAGUAGUGUAGAAGAAUUAUGGACUUAAUUUAAUUGUAAAAUUAUUAGAGGUAUUUGUUGUAGAGCUUUAUAUAUUAAAGAGAGGUAUUGGUGCAUAUAAAAACAGUAAUAUUAUUGUUAUGCCUGUAUUCUUGCAUUACAGGGUAAGUAAACCCUGAAGAAAUCUUAGUAUUGCUACAGCUGUGGUAGCUUUUAAGGGUGUGUCAACAUUUCAUUAUAAAUUAUAGCUUCCUGGUUCAGUAUCUCAGCUGUUUCAGAACUUUCAGCCAAGUUAAAUCUUUUUUGGUGUUGAAACUUAGUAAGUUGAGUAAGCUAUUUUUUGUUUCUUCUACAGUU